CCACACUCUUUUUCAUUACAAACUUCUCUUCCUCCCCUUUCUCUUUUUUUUUUUCUUUUUUUUUUUUUUUCUUUUACUUACCCUCCCCCUUCUUCUCCCCUAUCCUCUCUUUUUUUUCCUUCCUCUUAUUCCCCUUCUUCUCCGCCCUUUUAUAAUUAUUUCCUUUUGUAAAUACUAUUUACAUAAUGUCCACCCCUCUCAUGUCUGAAAAUAUCAUGUCUCGUUCCCGUUCUUCUUCAUUUAGACGAGUGUAUAGAAAUAAGGAUAUUGGAAGUGCACCCAACUCUAGACCCUCUUCCCGCCCUUCAUCUCGACCACCUUCUCGUCCUGCUUCACGACCUGUCUCACCCACUCCUGUUAAUCCUGCAGAUUCGGAUGAUAUUAUCCCUACUGCUAUUGUUAUCAAAAACAUCCCAUUUUCAGUAAAGAAGGAUGCUCUUUUAGAAAAACUUAAAUCACUUGGUGUUCCCGAAGCAUAUGCCUUUAACUAUCAUUUUGAUAAUGGUAUUUUCCGCGGCCUUGCCUUUGCCAACUAUCGUACACCCGAGGAAACAGAUAUGGUAGUGAAUACGGUGAAUGGCCUUGAAAUUGGUGGCCGUAAAUUACGAGUAGAAUAUAAAAAGGUGUUGACAGAAGCUGAUAUCAACAAGAAAAAGGAAAGAGAAUCAUCACAACCAAGCUCACCCUUAUUAAGCGAGCGAAAAUUACCUACAUCACCUACUACUGCUACUGCUAGUGGCACAGUAGUCGCUUCUGAUGAAGAUGCCCUUGACUUGAACGACCCUAAUGUACUUGAAUUAUACAGUUAUCUCUUACUUUUCCGCAAUGACCCCAAUAGCACAGAACUUGCUUUACCAAAAUCAUUCUCUGCCAAAGAACGCCGAGAUGCACACUUGAUUGCUGAUAGGCUUGGCUUGGCUCAUUAUUCUGAAGGAUUUGGACCUGAUCGACAAGUGAUUAUUGAAAAGAGAGGCAAUACGCCUGCUCCUAUCAUGAGACUUCACCAAAAGAGUUCUCGACCCAACUUAAGACAAAGCCCAAGUCGUGAAAGAUUAAACAACGGAAAUGCAAACAGUAACAAUAGUCCAGAAAAGGGCAGUUAUAGGAAAUCAAUGAUGAGCACAAGCACUACAGCUGAUGACGCUUCCUCAGACACUAUCACCUUUCAUCCUAUACGCCAACCCAAGGGACCUGAGCCAGGAAAGAACUUUGCUUCUCGUGUAAAUGAACUCGAAGUUGAACAGUUGACUGACAAGCUUACAUCGCUGCUUAAGCAAUAAAAAUAAAAAUAUGAAAAAUGUAUUUUCCUAAAAAAAGAGUGCCAUGGCAAUUAAUCUACUGUCCAAUCAAAUUCAGCCUAUUGUUUUAUGCUUGU